CCGUUCACGGCUGUGGGCCGGGGGGCACAGCUGGGGACUGUCAGAGCACUGGGAGCUCGCGUGGGGACCGCGAGCGGUCCGCGUCGGCGUGCGCGCAGGGCGACCUCCAGCUGGGAAGGGCCUGGAGAGGGGCCCCCGCGCCCCGCCCGCGUCCUGUGCCUCCUCCCCGCCUCAUCCGCGUGCUGGGGCCGGUGGGGCGGGGAGCCCGGCCUGGUGUCGGAGCGCGGGGUUAGGAGCUGUGGAGCAGGGCCGCCCUCCCUGGAGGUCCCUGGAGGCGGUUCGGACGCUCUGCGAGAGAGGCAUGCUUGGGACUGGAGCUCUCCGAGUUCGAUGCGUUGUGCGCCGCAGGAGCAGCACAGCGUCUGUGGGUGUUGUAUGCGUGUGUGAGAAGGAGUAGAAGCCUGAGUUUCAACGCCGCAUGGUCUUGGCCUUGCUUGCUCAAGGAAAGAUGCGAAUUCUGCGCUGCUCAGUAACUACGAGGUGUUCCAGUUACUAACUGAUCUGAAAGAGCAGCGUAAAGAAAGCGGGAAGAUGAAACACAGUGCAGGGCAGCAGAACUUGAACACCAUCACCUAUGAAAGCUGAAAAGCUGCAGCUGCUGAACCACAGGCCGAUGACCGCUGUGGAGAUCCAGCUGAUGGUGGAGGAGACGGAAGAGCGGUUCACAGAGGAGGAGCAGAUCGAGGCGCUGCUCCACACCGUAACGAGCAUCCUGCCUGCCGAGCCGGAGGCGGAGCAGCGGACCGGCGCCAGCAGCGCCGAGGCGAUGGACGAGGAGGGCCCAGCCUAGAGGAGCGCGGGGCCGGGCCGCUCACGGGUAGAGGGCCGGCAGCCGCUUCCUGGCCAUUCGGAGGACUGUUUCUUUGCUUUUCCCAUCUGUCCCAGCAGCCUGUUUCCAGGGGUGGUUGGGAAAAAUCAUCAAGAAAUAAGUGAAUGGAGAUACUCGGGCCUCGAGGAGGAGCCGCAGUGAGGUCAGGCUGAGGUUACUGUGGCAGAGAGCCAGAGGAAGGACAGUGACUGGCCACGCCGGUGGGAGCGCCCUUUCCUGUGGCCUUUGCUGCUCGCAGGAGCCCUGAGUGUCCACAGAUGGCGAAGCACUUGUGUGGCCCCUGAUGAGCUGCGUGGUAAUGACUUUCAUCUGCUUUCCGAGGGACCCCGGGCAGAGCUGGGAGGGCCGCUGACGAGAGCUGAAUUAUGGGAACCUGGUUGGAGGGCUCGGACCCCAGAGCAGCGAAUAGUGGCUGUAGGUCAGGACGAGCGCUGGCCUCGCCUGCCUGAGGGAACGUGGACGUCGGGUGAGUGAAGACCAGGCCUCGCGAGGGCUGCCUUCGGGUCUCACUGCCUGGUCCCAGGUGAUCGCGGCCGGCUCUCCAGACCACACGGCUGCGACCAGGCACAGUGGGGCUUCCUGGCUGACCUGUUUCCUGGCCGGGCCUGGCCGGGCCGGCGGUGACGCAGACCAGGUGAGCCUCGCUGCAGAAGGAAAUCAUUUGCGCCUUUAAAGGGGGCAUCGUUAGGCAGUUCUUCCAUGACCAGAGCGGGAAACCCUGGAUCGACUAAUAAGAAUUUGCACUUGCUAUUACAAGGUUGCCUCAGUUUUUGAAUUUAGAAUAAUAAUUACCACGUGAAGACCUUUUAAUAUUCGGGCUUUGCAGAGUUAGGACUUCCAGAUGGGCCUGUGGUUGCCGUCUCCAUUCCCUAUUCCGUUUGGGGCAGAAAAUGCCCAUGUGUACUAAUCUUCCGGUUGGUGCUUGUUUUGGCCUAAGAUUACGUAUCUUCAGUGUUAUUAAUUGAGUUACUUGCGACCCUUGUCCUUCCCAGUUUAUUCUGAACCUCCUCCCUGCCGCAGUUGGCUGCGGUUGCUGCCUUUACCAUCCGAAGAGUGGUGAAGUCUUUGGAGGCCGCGCUGAGAGCCACAGGUUUGGGGUUAAAUCUCUGUCAGUAGGGGGAUCCAGUCGGAGCUGCUGAUUGCUCGUGCCUGUUUCUCUUUUACCCUUACUAGAAAUGUGUGAGAUGGUUUCUCGAUGGGUUUAAGCCUUACACUAGCGAGUGAGAAGUUUUCCAGCUGUUGCCAACCUUUGCAUUUUCUUUGAAGAAUUUGCAUUGUCACAGGCUGAGAAAUAAAAUCACAUCUGACUUAAA